GAACCAGCUACUUUAUUCGUUGGUAGAUUGUCAUGGAGUGUUGAUGAUGAAUGGUUAAAACGUGAAUUUGAACCAUUAGGUGGUGUUUUAAGUGCCAGAGUUAUUUUCGAAAGAGCUUCUGGUAAAUCAAGAGGUUACGGUUACGUUGAUUUCGAAAGCAAAAGUGCUGCUGAAAAAGCUUUGAAAGAAUACCAAGGUCGUGAAAUUGAUGGUAGACCAAUCAACUUGGAUAUGUCUACUGGUAAACAACAUACCUCUAACAACAAAGCUGGUGACAGAGCUUCAAAAUUCGGUGAUACUCCAUCAGCUCCAUCUGAUACUUUAUUCUUGGGUAACUUGUCUUUCAAUGCUAACAAAGAUAACAUUUUCAACACCUUUUCUGAAUAUGGUUCAGUUAUUUCAGUUAGAAUUCCAACUCAUCCAGAUACCGAACAACCAAAAGGUUUCGGUUAUGUUCAAUAUUCUUCAAUCGAUGAAGCUAAAGCUGCUCAUCAAGCUUUGAAUGGUGAAUACAUUGAAGGUAGACCAGUUCGUUUAGAUUACUCUGCUCCAAGAGAUAACAGCAACAGAUCAUUUGGUGGUAACGAUAGAAAAUCAUUUGGUGGUAAUGAUAGAAAAUCUUUCGGUGGUAGAGAAAGAAAAUCAUUUACCCCAACUGGUUCCAACCGUGCUCCAGUUACUGCUGACUUCAAAGGUACCAAAAAAACUUUUGAUUAG